AUGUCUCUCACCUCUCUCCAUCAGGAAUUGUCUGCAUCGUUGCUUCAGGCCGGGUUGCUAGAGCAGUCCGCCCCUCUCAUCCCCCCCCAUUUUAGUCCGGCCACGCGCCUUGACGUGUCAUUUGACUCCAAGGCUGUUCACCUGGGAAAUGUUUUUCGGGCCAGUGAAUGCAAGUUUCCUCCUGUAGUGUCAUUUGCUCCUGAGGAGAAUGCGCCAUCCCGACUUUAUACUCUUCUCCUGGUCGACCCUGAUGCUCCAACCCCCGAAGAUCCCAAAUUUGCCUACUGGAGACAUUGGGUGGUGUCGGGCUUGCAGCCCUCACCUGCUGACAAUCAAUCGUCCACUGUCCUGACUGAAUAUCUGGGGCCCGGCCCCAAAGAUGAGUCCAAUCCCCAUCGCUAUCUCUUUUUGCUUUUUCGAGAACCUACGGCAUUUGCACCACGCAAAGAGGAUGUAGGAGGGGAAGAGUUCGUGCAGCGGCGAUCCUUUCCUGCCGCCAAGUGGGUAGAAAAACAUGGCUUGGAGCUGGUGGGCGUCAAUUGGAUGCGAGGGGUUGGUGAUGGCUGGUCUGGGUAAAUGCAACGGCCAACAAAAUUCUACCCCCGGGAGUCCUAGGACACAGGAGGAAGCUCUAGCACGAUUUCGCGAUUGGUUUUUGUCUACCGUGCCCGGAAUCGUCAUGAAAGUCGUGGAUCUGAUUUUGGGACUGGGUGUUUUGGAAGGUGUGCUACUGUGAUAAAUCAAUAUGCAAGCUGGCACAUGGUGGUUUUCGCCACAAUCGGUCGCAUCUAUAGAGGGUUCUGUAGCAUAGGGCAUUGCCAUUGGUUGACAUGCAGGUUGCUUGAGAGUGACUACACAAAAUGGCCAUUGAACUCUGAUAUACUAUCAAAC